GGUUUUAUGCAAUUUACUCCCAUCAGCUGCACUCGAAACGACGGCAGAACCCCAAAAUUCAUCCCAGAUGCCACACUCUCCGCCUAGCCAAUCUCCACACAUGAUGAAGAAGAAGACGGCGGCGCCGGCGCCGGCGCCUGCACCCACGGCUACCAAGACGACAGCGGCGGCAGCGGUGCCCGCGGCUGCUAAGAAGAAGCCCCUGGCGGCCAAGAAGACAGCGGCAGCCGCCGUACCCGUGGCCAAGAAGAAGGCGGCGGCGGCGGCCAAGAAGCGCGCAUCCGGUGGAACGGCCGGGUGCAGGCCACGGAAACGGGCACGGGAUGACAACUGCGACGGCGAUCUCAUCAGCAACCUUCCGCACGCCGUCCUCUGCACCAUCAUCUCCCUCCUCCCCACCAAGGACGGCGCUCGCACGCAGGUCAUCGCCCGCCGAUGGCGCCCCCUCUGGCGCUCCGCGCCUCUCAACAUCGACGCCCAGAAUCUCAGGACCGGCCGCAGUUUGCCCCUUCGCUGUAAAAAGAAGAACCUCAGCACCAAUAAUUUUCAGCCGUCGUGCCGCCGCCGAGGGCCUCGACCGCCGCAGGACUCCCAUCGUCUCCAGGAUCCUCUCCGACCACCCUGGCCCCGUUCGCUGCUUCGACUUCCGCUUAACCUGCAUCUGCCAGAAAAAAGAAGGGCACGCCCAGAAACUUAGUCAGAUUGAGAGCUGGUUCCACUCUCGAAGCCUGCACAACCUUCAGGAGCUCCAUAUCUUCUUCCCGAUCUUGUGUCGAGCAGCUCGAUGCUCCUUGCCAUCAUCCGUGCUCCGUUUCGCAUCGACUGUCGUUGUGGCUACAAUCGGCCACUGCGAUGUCCCAAAAGAGAUCGCUCCUUUACUGAAUUUCCCCCUCCUCGAGCAUCUCACCCUACGGAGCGUUUCCAUCUCAGAGGAUGUCUUCCAUGGGGCGAUCUCCUCCUGCCAUGUGUUGGAGACCCUAUAUCUGCAGGGAAAUGUUUAUACUGGUCCCCUCCGCAUUAGCUCGCCAACUCUUAGGAGCAUCGCCUUCAGUCAUUGUCAUGUUGGCAAAGAAGAAUUGGUUAUUGAGGACACCCCUUGCCUUGAAAGACUGCUUUGUCCAUGCUCAGAUGGUUUGAAUAUCCGGGUAAAUAAGGCACCUAAACUGGAGAUAUUGGGCCCUUUGUCACCCCGCACCUCCAAUAUUCAGAUUGCAAAGCUAAUCUUUCAGGGGUUGGUUUCAACCAGCUUGAACAAUUCGAUAUGCACAGUGAAGGUUUUGGCUCUCCAGUUUGCUUGCACUGAUUUGAAUGCAGUUCUUGACGUCCUCAGGUUUUUCCCCUGCUUGGAAAUACUUUAUGUUAUGUGGAACAAAUACUUGAACGCAGAGAUGAACAAUGUGCGUCAUUGUGAUCCAAUAACUCCAAUCAAAUGCCUUGAGACCCAUCUAAAAAAACUAGUGUUGAAGAAUUACACAGGCGAUGAGCAAGAUGUUAGCUUUGCCAAGUUCUUUGUUCUGAAUGCGAAAGUGCUAAACGAGAUCAAAUUUGGCGUUAGCGAGAAGUUCGACGAGAAAUGGGUGGCUGAUCAGCACAGGUUGCUAGGAGUGGAAAGUGAAGCUUCUCCAGAGUUCGAGUUUAAACAUUGUUCGUACUAUUUGAAUAACUAUUUGGAUACCCAUGACUUGUCAAUUGCCGAUCCCUUCAACAACUCUUUUCUAGCCAAAGACCAUACUCUUCCAGUGAUAUCAAUAUCAUGUCCUUCCAGUUCUGACGAGGUGUUAUGGCCGGUUUAGCUAGGCCCACCGGGCAAUCUUAGCCCACAAGUUAUCUUAGGUUAUUUCUUAUGCAAGUUAUCUUAGGUUAAUUCUUAUGCAAGUUAUCUAGGUUAUAAAUAUAGGCUGUAAGACUCUUUUUGGAAUCAAGCAAUAAGAAGAAUAUUAUCUCUAUUGCCCGGCUCCCAGAGGAGCCGGAACCCUAGCCGCCUCUAACCCUAGCCGCCGCCGCCAUCCUCCUCCUACGCGACGGCGCCCAGCCGCCGGCACGCCCGCUCAUCGCCUCGCCCUACUCCAUCCUUCCCCUACAACCUACGGAGCAGGUCCGGUAGGAUCCCUGGUUCUACCAAUUUGGUAUCCGAGGAUAAUAACUGAAGAUGGUGUUGUCUUUUGCUUGUUUUUAUGGUGCCGAUACCUGAAUAUUAUGUUGCCUGCAGUUCAAUGCUUGUUUCUCUGUUUGUAGUUUAAUGUUCCUUUGUAAUUCCCAGCAUGGUAUGUCAUGCAACUAGUUCACUGUCAAAAGUUGUAACUGUGAUCUUGUACUAAACUCAGCACCAAA